AGGAUUCACUUACAUCUAACUUGACGACCGUAUCAACACGGUGAAAUUCAGCAGCGGCUCACCGAUUGGUCAGAAGAAUAGGAGAAGUAUCAUUGAAGUGCAUCGAAGGAACACGAUUUCGUCUGCUGGCUGUCAUUUCUGCGCAACAACCGCCGCAUACGGACGAUUGGCGGUGAUUCAACAGAUUGGUUCCAAUGCAUUCAAUUUAUUGAUACAAUUUGAUGUAAGGCUUAAAUUUUUCAAAAUUUGGUAUAUUCAUGCCUUACGGUGAAAAGAAUGCGGCUUAUAAAGGAGCCACGGUCUAUGGACGUUGGACUGGACACCUGCGCCAAGUGCCCUCAGCUGGAAACUUGACUGGAUGCACGCCACCUCCGGACCAACGACUUCCAACAUGCUUCUUUACGGCUUCCUGUUGUCUGCCGUACCGCGCUACUGUUCCGCGCCGGCCGCGCCGUUGCAGCGCUUCCCGCUCGCCCGAGCCGUCCAGCGGCCGCGCGGCGCGUCCCUCCCCCAGCGAUUCGGCCAGUGCCCCGCCCCUGUCUGGACCGGCGGCGGCCGCCCCUCGCGCGAUGACGUCACUCAGCGGAGCGCCGCAACGCCGUGCCACGGCCGGCGGCGGCGGCGGCGCUGGCGUCGAGGUGGCGGCUGGCGCACUCGACAGCCGACGGUCGGAGGGUGAGCGGUGUGGCCGUGUGCAGCGCGAGACAGAGCAGUGCCACCAGCAGCAGCCAUGGCCAAGCGUAACAUCCCCGUCAAAAUGGGCGACUUCAGCAUCAUCGACACAGAGUUCAGCAGCAUCCGCGAGCGGUUCGACGCCGAGAUGCGCAAGAUGGAGGAUGAGAUGAACAAGUUCCGCUCGGAGCUCAUCAGCCGCGAGAUGCCGUCGAUGGGACAGAGCUCAAUCACCUCCAGCACCACAUCCCAGCAGCAGUCAGGCUUCCCCGGAUCGAGUCUGGCACCGCGCUCCGACCCGUCCACCUGGCUGGACAACCUGAACUCACCCCUCAUACAGGACGAGGGUGAUCAGAAGCAGCUGAAACUGCGUUUCGAUGUUAGCCAGUACAAGCCCGAGGAGAUUGUCGUCAAAACCGUCGACAACAAGCUCCUGGUGCAUGCCAAGCACGAGGAGAAGUCGGAUAGCCGCAGCGUCUACCGCGAGUACAACCGCGAGUUCCUGCUGCCGCAGGGCUCCAACCCGGAGAUGAUCAAGUCGUCGCUCUCCAAGGACGGCAUCCUGACGGUGGAGGCGCCGCUGCCGGCGCUCGAGGGCGGCAGCGGCCACAUCCCCAUCACUCACCAGUAGCUGCCCCGCCGCCGCCGCAGUGCUGCCGCCUACCGGCGCCGUGUCGAAUCUCGUGCGGCUGCUGCGCCCCGCCCACCUCAGGUGCCAUAUACCGGCCGCGCCGGGCGGCCGGGCGCCGCGCGCUGCAGCCCGCCGCCAGCGAGACAGACCCCUGCACCCCCGCCGCGCGUCUCCCGGCUUCAAACGGACUUAAAUCCGAAUUUCAUUGUAGCACAAUGUGAUAGUGAAAUGUGUACGUUUAAUAAUUUAUUAAAACACAAAAUGUCGUUUUAUCGUUCACGCGGAGUGGGCCCGGCUCCUUGUCGCUGAUGUAUGUGAAUACGAAUACGAACGUCGACA